UUGUUUAUAUCAGUUGUUCCUUAAUUUGAGGAACCGCGUUAACUUACUCUCAAUCUUAACAUGUCUGGCCGUGGCAAAGGAGGCAAAGUCAAGGGAAAGUCAAAGACCCGUUCCAGCAGGGCCGGACUUCAAUUCCCCGUCGGUCGUAUCCACCGAAUGCUCCGCAAGGGAUCGUACGCUGAACGCGUCGGUGCCGGCGCCCCCGUCUACUUGGCUGCCGUCAUGGAGUACUUGGCCGCUGAGGUCCUCGAGUUGGCCGGUAACGCCGCCCGUGACAACAAGAAAACUCGUAUCAUCCCUCGUCACUUGCAAUUGGCCAUCCGCAACGACGAAGAGUUGAACAAACUUCUCUCCGGUGUUACCAUCGCUCAGGGUGGUGUUUUGCCCAACAUCCAGGCCGUUCUCUUGCCCAAGAAGACCGACAAACCUGCCAAGGCUUAAAUUUCUCUUCCCUCUCGUCUUUUAAACAAACGGCCCUUUUAAGGGCCACCAAAUAAUUUUGAAAAAAAGGAAUUUGCUGUGCUACAUUUGCAUUUCAAUCCGGUUGUGAUAAUGAUAACGUUCACUGAUUCAUCGCAAGGUGGCAUUCUUAAUUGUUUUGAUUCAACCUUAUUAGCAUAGCCAAUUAAAAUAUUAGUGUCGUCUGCUUUUGUUUGUUGCAAGUUUCGAAAAAGCCAAUGUUUUAAAAUGCAUAAUGAUUAAUGAAACAGGACGUUUAUUUUGACGGAAACGUACUCGUGGUCGUGGGUGCAAGGAAAAUAGCACAUCAUAUA